CACCUGGAAAUAAAAAGAAAAGACACACACAAAGAAAAAAAUAUAAAACACAAAUAUUUAUGAAUCUCUCAUAUUCGAAGUGAGAAAAAUCAAAUGGACUUAAUCAAAUUUAUGAGAUAUAGUUAAAAGAAAACAUGCACAGGUGAAGGCAAGCAUGAACGUGUAGGUACGACCAGGUAAUGCAUUCACACCUGUAAUCUAAAACCAAUAUUUGUUAUAGAUUACGAAACGAGAAGAAAAAAUAACAUGGGUCCCCUGCGCUAGUUCCAGUUAGUGGUGGUGAUGGUGGUUGGUGAAGGUGCUGGGGUAAAUGGUGAUGUGAUGGUGUGAAGUGGUGUAGUGGUGGUGGCGUGGUGUGGUGCGUUGUGGUGUGGUGUAGUGUGGCAGUGUUGGUAGUAAUAGUGUAGUAGUAGUAGUAGUAGUAGUAGUAGCUAUGGUCUGGUAGCGAUGGUAGUAGUGACGUUAUGUAAAGCUUUCAGUAGCAGCAGCAGCAGCAGCAGCAGCAGCAGCAGCAGCAGCAGUGAUGGUGGCGGUGAAUGUGGUGGCGCCAGAUACAACACAGGAACCUAAUAUCAAGCACACAGGAAGUAGUGGAGGCUGUUGAGCAAAAAAAAGGACCACGUCAGUCCCCCAUAGGUACAGUGACGGGAUGGCUGUGCGCAGAGGAAACGAACGCCGCACCUUCCUCCUCCUCCUGCUCUUCCUCCUUUUCCUCCUCUUCCUUGUGUUUCUACCGCAAGACACCACGGCGACCAAAUUGCGUGGAAUCAGGAUCUCAAACGACCCCAAUCUCUCAACACCAAGAAACCUCACGGAUUUGAUCUCCAGAAGCGACUUAAUCUUGGGAUGUUACCUUAAGACCAAAGGAAACCCAACACAAGAACAUCCCUACUUGACAAUCCAUGCGUAUUAUCUCACAUCCCCAUGCCAUAAUUAUUACUACAAUGAUUCCACCUUCACGUAUGCUACCAAUAGUACCAUGUCUCUCAACGCAAAGUACUAUUUGUUCCUGAAGCUUCUGCAAGGGGAGGAGAUAGAAGAGGAAGAGGAAGAGGGUGCUAUGGAGUUGUACAGAGUUAUUGGUUCAGUGAGUUCUUGGAAACUCCGUGGGAAUAUGAGUGAAAUUUUCCAUUACUAUUCUGAAUGCUGGCAAUCCACACUGACCUUGACCUCUUCUUCUCCGAUGUACACUGAGGUCACAGGUCAAGUCACGGAAUUCCAGGUCACCCCAGGAGCCCAGAUCAACUUGACGUGUCAGAGUGACCGGCUUCGUACUGCUCUCAAUGGUCAUCCUUUCAGUGGUUAUAAUUUGACCUUAAUUAGGAGAAGUGAGACCAAUGAGGAGCAAGAACACAUCGUGACGUCACGGAACAGGUCCAUCGCUGAUUUGUGGAAGCCGAGAGUGAUGCCAAUCCAGUACACCUGUGACGUGGCGUGGCCCGGAGAACCCAACAGGAUCCUGGCCUCAAAGCACGCCACUGUCAGAUAUAUCAACACAAGCAAGGAGCCAAGCCUUCAUCUGAACACCCCCUUCAACACCUCUUCCUCCUCCUCCUUCAUCUACACGGCCUCCUUCACCUUCUGGGCGCACCCUUCCUCCAUCUUCACGUGGAGUCAUCCUAAUGGAUCCGUAUUAGAAACCGGACCGUGCACCAACAUCAGCAGCACAAGAGAACGAUGCCAGUACAGGGAGCUCAAUCUCAGUAUAAAGAACGGCUUCACUACAGCUGACGUCGGUAACUACACCCUUAGCCUCGCCACACCGGGCUAUGCUGCAGUCAGUGUCAUCACCCCGUUUUCUCCCAAGUUUCCCCCGCAGAAGACUCGCCUGUCUAUUGUGGGCGCAACGGAGAGCUACGCCCUUCUCAACACCACCAUCAUCGCCUCCUGCAGCUCCAGGGGAAACCCUCCACCUUCCCUGACCCUCAACACCUGUGCUAAUAGUUCUAUUGACACCUGUGGAGAAGAGGAGGUGACUGUACUGUACACACGAUUAAGGACUCACGUGAGGAAAGAGUGGCUGGUUCGCGUCCCUUCAGACACACCUGUGAUGAAGCUUACUUGUGAAGCUUCCAGUGAUGAGGGGUGGCAUUCCGAUAGUGUUCAGGUGUAUGUCUCAGACGCCACAUCGCUGGAGGAGCACCUGGCAACACUCACCCACCACUGCAUAGAGGGAGACAACGUGACCCUGCCUUGCCACCUCAGUGUAGUCAAGGCAGCAGAUCAGAUCGCUCCCACCUGGAACACCACCACGCAGGAAAAUGACACUAAGUUGAUUACAUACUCCUCCUCGCCUUACCUGCGGACCGUGGCGUUGUCCUUCUCACCUGUGCAAGUCACGGAUGCACGUAAUUACACCUGCGUAGCGGGGGAGCACAAGGUGACUGUGAUUGACCUCCAAGUGACAGCCAUGGAGGAGCCGGCUUGGGUGUCAGCCAAUGGAACGCGCAACACGACCCUGCUCCUCCACCACCAGGAGACCCUGACCCUCAGCUGCGCGGCGACAGGUGUUCCCGCGCCACAAUACAGGUGGACUAAGGAUGGAGAGGAAAUCACACAAAAGGAGAUGGACGAGGAAGGGGAAUAUAGGGAAGCUAUAGAAAAAAAAGGAGCAGAAGGAGCAGGGGAAGCAGGAGGAGCAGGGGAAGCAGGAGGAGCAGGGUUCAUCGACAAACACUCCCUGACGAUACUGAAAGGACGAGCUAGGGAUGAGGGACUGUACGUGUGUGAAGUGGAGAACAGGGCGGGCAGUCUCCUGGCGUGGUACAAGGUGGAGUUCCUGUCCCCACACGCUUCACUUCCUAAAAAUGUUCCCGAGUUGAUUUUUGCGCUGGUGGUGGCUGGCACGCUGAUAGUGGCGAUGAUAGGAUGGUGUUUUUACAGCCAGUGGAGGAGCUACAAGUACUCGCUGCAGGUUGCCAAGGCGUGGAAGGAGGGCAACGUGAAGGCGCUCAACACAUCACUCAGCCUCAGGGAACAGGCGCUUCUCCUUCCCUUUAAGUCGAAGUUUGAGAUCUCCAGACACCAGAUUACUUUUGACAAGAUGCUGGGCUGUGGGGCGUUCGGGCGAGUGUACAGGGCAACAGUGGCAGACCUGAGGCCCGGGGAGACUAACGUGACAGUGGCGGUGAAGAUGAUCAGAGCCAGGAGUGACAAGGCCCAGCUGUUGGCCCUGCAGUCUGAGCUCAAGAUCCUGAUGCAUAUUGGCAAGCACGUAAAUAUUGUGAACCUUGUGGCCACGUGCACCAAGAACAUCCACAAGAAAGACCUCAUGUUGGUGGUUGAGUACUGUCGCUUCGGUAAUAUUCUGGACUACAUGAGGCGCCACAGAGCAUCCUUCGUCAAUCAGCUCACAGAAAACGGGGAGGAGUUCCUGCCUAGCAUCGGCCAAUCAUCAAGCGUGUCUUGCAGCGGCGUGGAAGAAAACGGAGGGAGUGACACCAAAGUGUACAUCAGCGCAGGCAGAGUGGUGUUCAACAAAGGCGCAAUGCAGACCACCGCCACCACCGCCACCGCCACUUCCUCCUACUCCUCUGCGUUUCGGAACUCUAGACAGUGUCUGCUCUUAGGGCGCGAGCAGGGGCAGAUGAGCCACGCCUCGGCAGCCAGCACUCACCUGGGCUCCGACAUGACCUGCUUGACUCUCAUCACGGACACUCACAAUCUGGAGGCCCCUAGUCUUCCCUACGACCUUGAGAGCCUGCCACGCCCUCUGUGCUCCCGGGACCUCCUCUGCUGGGGCUUCCAGGUGGCGCGCGGCAUGGACUUCCUCACCUACAGAAAGGUGCUGCACGGGGACCUGGCGGCAAGAAAUGUGCUUCUGACGGAGGGCAACGUGGUCAAGAUCAGUGACUUCGGCCUCGCUAAGGACAUUUACAAGUACAACAACUACAAGAAAGACAAGAAUUCUCCGCUCCCAGUCAAGUGGAUGUCGGUGGAGGCGCUGAGGGAUGGGAUCUUCUCCACCCAGAGCGACGUGUGGUCAUAUGGUGUGGUGCUGUGGGAGAUAUUCAGCCUGGGUCAGUGCCCUUUCCCUGGUGUGUCCGUGGACGAGAGUUUCAUCAAGGCCCUGGAGAAAGGAUACAGGAUGGAACGCCCUAAGUACAGCACGCGACCACUGUACCAAGUGAUGAUGGACUGCUGGGCCACCGCGCCGGAGAGCAGACCUUGCUUCAGCACGCUCCAGGGCAGACUCAGUAAGAUGCUCUCACACGGGGACAGCAAGUACUACGAAGACCUACAGAAGGCAGUGGAGGCGCAGGAAGCACAAGAGGAUGAGGAAGAGAAGCAAGAUUCCUCCUACCUCAAUAUGGUCUGCAAUGUUGACUACACCAACCUCAUGCAGGCCAAGAACCAGAGGCAGGAGGAGCCAGCAGAAGAUGACAACCAUGAUGACUAUGUUAAGAUUAGCAGUGUCCAGAAAGCUACGGAAGGCCAAGAGAUGAUUGUGCAGUAUGUGACAAACAAAGGGUAUGUUUCUCUAUCCGGUGCUGAGAUCCUGAUGGUGAGUAGUGGUGGUGGUGGUGGUGUUGGUAAUAGUGAUUGGGAAAGGUUUAAAAGUUCUGCUGACGAAGCUGCAGAAGAGAGGGAAGUGUUGUUGUGUUUGUAGUGUUUCGUGGGUGUUGCUGUGUUUGUAGUGUGUUUUGUGGGUGUUGCUGAGUUUGUGUGUGUUUUUUUUUUCUUUAGUGAUUCAAGUUAUAAUAUUAGAUCAUUUAGGUUUACUUUUAAUAACAGCAUGUCUUAUCCUGACUAGUUACUUCUGAUUGAGUUUAUGACUAUAUUUGUGAUUAUGUAGCUGACUAACUGUGUAGCUAACCAUCUAUUACUUAUAACUAAAUAUUUCUACUUUUACUACUGACUCACAUCUCUGGCUGAUUAAUAAACAACUAGCUAACUAAAUGAUUAACCUUGUAUCCACUACGUAAUAUAACUAGAUGAUUCUGCUUCUGCUUAGCAACUUUCAUUUCUAACUAGAUAACUAACUAGCUAACUGACUAACUGGCAUCUCAGUGGGCUUUUUUUAUUGAAUUUUUGUUGCCCUUGGCCAGUGUCCCUCCUACGUAAAAAUAGAUAAAAUAAAUAAAGUAAAAUGAAAAUAAAUUAUACUUAUCUUAACUAACUGGUAAAAAAAAGAUGACAAUAUUAGGAGAUUUCUCUUCCUCCCCCUGCUGAUCUGUACUUGUCUGACAAAGAUAUAUAUUCGUAAGGUAGAGUAAGGUAGACCAAGGUACAAAUUAGCACAGUAAUUUAAGGUAAAGAAAGCUGUAGAUUAGUAAAUUAAGUUGAGUAUAUUAGUAAGGAGAAGUAAAGUAGAUCAAGGUGUAAAUUAGCAAGAUAAAAGUAAGUUAGAGGAAGGUGUAGGUCAGUAAAAGUAAGGUAGAGUAAGGUACCAGUUGUUAAGGUGAAAUAAAAGUUUAUUGAUUAUACCAACUUG